UGGAGCAGGUGAGGAGCCCAGGCUCCCGCGUGUCCCGGAGGAGGGGAAGUGAUUGCAAGCUGGCGGACGGAGGUUAGAGCAUUGUUGGCCCCCUGGGGAAGCUGGGAUCGGGGUGCUGCCUCGGAGGACCACCAUGGAAGAGGAAGGGGUAAGAAACUUCAAGGAACUCCGAGCCAAAUUUCAAAAGUUCGAAGACCCACCUCUUCCAGGUCCUAUUAAGUUCCCAGCUGGUGUUUCCCAGAAGGAUGGCAGGGGCCACACACAGCCAACUCAGAGUCCGGCUAACAGGAAGUGCCUCUCAACCCACCAGCAUCGGCCCCUAUCGGCCCAGAGAGGUGAACUUCAGACAGCUUCAAGUUCCUCGGGACCUCCAGAAAAAUCUGCUGAGUGCCCUGCAAGAAAUGCCCACGAAGCUGACACACCACUGGAUGCGAAUAAAGCGAGAGCUGAGACGUCCAACAAGGAGAAAAGAAUGACUAUCAGCAGCUUCAGAUACAAGCUUUGGAACUGGGAGAAAGUUUCGUCUCAGAAGGCUGAUACGUCCCCAGCUCUGCACCUCACCAAUUCUGGGAAUAAAACUCUCCACCUGGAAGGUCAGAAAGCCACGGGGCUUGCUCAGGGAAAACUAGAGAAGAGCCUGGAGGCAACGGGAGUUCAGACUCUUCCUCCGCAGAGCCAUUUGAUGGCCCAGAGAUCACCCAUGGCCUCUGAAGACUCCCCUUCAUCACUUCCUUGGUAUGGCAGCGAUAGCCCAGAAGACCUUGGGGCUGAGGGGAGCCCCAGGAGCAGCGCGUGCCAGCCUGUUUAUGAGUGUGAGCUUGGCAGCCUGGUUCCAGAAAAGCCAGAGAGCAGGCAUCACCAGCUUCCCACAGCAAAGCCACUGCCUUCCAUUGAGACCCUGGGCCCGCCUCCCCCGAAGCCUUCAAAGCCCCCACACGUGAACCUCCAGGCCUUCCACAGGCAGCCAGCUGCUGUCCCCAAGACCCCGAAAGAAGUGACUGUGAAAGAGGGCACCCUGUCUUCAGAUGGUGUGGAGUUAGAAGAACCACAUAAUUAUGACACAACAAUUUCAUAUCUGAGACACUCUGGCAAUUCCAUUAACCUGAGUGCUGCAGAAGAAAGUGCUGAAGCCACUUAUGAAAUUGAAAUUGAAGAACUCCAAAAGCCUUGGAGAACUUUAGUUCAUCCAAAACAGAGACCCAAAGACGAAGAAAACAACAUGAAGGAAAAAGAGCCAUGUGAAUUAGAACCUCAGAAGCCAGGGAAGGACUCACACCCUCACCAUCCUCCCAAGGUAGUUGCCUAUGAAGAGACUCCAGAAAAAGCCCAGGGGACUGGAGCCCAUGAGGACAGACAGAGUGUGCCAGCUGGAAACCAGGAAGCCGUGACUGAUAUUACUCAGAACAGGCUCUUCUCCAGGGACGUGACAUUGACUAGACAGUCCCAAGAGAAGGGAGGGUAUAUGGAGGCUUUGGAGGUGACGAAAGAAGCCCCAAGUCCAACCACCAUUAGGUCAGACUCCUCUUCAGAGAAGACUUACGAUGACGUGGACUGUUCCAGAGCAGACACACCAAAAUGGGACUUCUCCAGCUCGUUCGCCUCAGACAGCGAAGAAAACAGUGAGGAAAUUUAUGAAGACAUCUACAAAGCAAAGAACAAUGACCUGAAAACAGAUGUAGAUGGACGAGCAGCACUGAGAAGACUGCAGCAGCUCUUCAGAAAAGAAAGGGGUAUAUUCAGAAUGAAAAAAAACAAGCCAAAAGAAAAUGUCAGGAAUGGAUUUUCCGUGUCACUGCCUGACCUAGGACCUAGGUCUCAGGAAGUUAUCAUCUAUGAUGAUGUGGACACAAGUGAGAAAGAACUGAAAGAUGAAGAUCAGUCAAAAACCUGGAAGGCCAAGUUUUUUACAACAAAAAGGGGGAUAAAGGGGAAGAAAGGCAGUGAUGGAUCCAAAAGUUUUUCUCCCAGAAAUUUCUUCAGAACUAAGAAGCAAAACUUUAUAAAGAACAGAAUGGAAAAAGAAGAAAAGCUUUUCAGAGAAAGAUUUCAGUAUGGGAAAGAGAUCUCAGUCAUUAACAGAGCAGUUGCAUGCUCCAGUAAUUCACGGAAUGGAAUUUUCGAUCUGCCAAUAACUCCCGGAGAACAGCUCGAAGUCAUCGACACCACAGAGCAGAACCUGGUGAUAUGUCGCAAUUCCAAAGGCAAAUAUGGAUAUGUGCUCAUUGACCAUCUACAUUUCAAGCAUCAGGGCUGAUCCCAUUAGAAAGAGCUGCAUAAAGUCAGGAUGUACCCAAGGCGUGAGGUCAGGCUCACAGCACUUUCAGUUCCUGCCUCAACAUGAGAUGGGCGAUGGAAACUUCUGUCGGGAACUCAGAAGAAAACCCUCAACAAAUCAACGCUGGUUGGUUUUACUCCAUGAAAGUGUCUCUUUCACCGCUGGUUCAGAAGAAUGUGAAACGGUCCGUUAGUAUGCAAGCAUUUGCCAAAUUAGCCACAGCCCAAGUUAGAAACCUUGGCUCCCGCUCCAGGGAGCAGUCAAUGAGCUUCUAAUGUUAGUCCACAGUGUAUGUAACUUCUCGGUGUACAUGUACAUUUCAUAUCAAUUCAAGGUAGAAAAACAGUGACCAUGACACUUUAAACAAAACAAAAACCACCCGAACCAUAAUUAUUGGUUUGUUUUUUAACCAAAGUAAAAAAUAGAAGAUAAGUGCCACUGAGGGAAACAGUUUGGGGGAGGGGUUCUUUUCUAAAUUCAACCAGAAGUAUUGUGUAGAAGUGUUUAUGUUUAACAAAAAUGUGAAAAUACAUACACGCUGUAUCGUAUUAAAAUACGGAAAAUUAUUUGUCUAUGCAGAAAGCAUAUCCAAAUGUAUUUCACUGGCAUGAUAGUAAAAUUUCAGUGUUGUAAAUAACAUUCAAGUUCUGCCUGAUAUGUAUGUUAAUAAAUUCUAUAUAUGCUUGCAGCUACUAAA